CUGUAGUCUGUGGUACAAACUGUGGCUAUAAUUAAAAAAAUCGGAUAAAAAUGUAUAAAUAAUGUCUUUAUUAAGUUAUGUGUAAUUUAAAAACUCUUUUGAAUAACUUAACCCAAUACGUAUUUAAUUGUUAGUUAUAAUGGCUUUAGUUGCGUAUGAUAACAGUGACUCAAGUGAUUAUGAUGAACCUGAAUGUACUGGAGAGUCUUCAAAACUACAAGCUAUACUACCUGAUUUGCCGUCGGACAGUGGAACAGAAGUUAGGAAUGGAAAAAAUCUUUUUAAUCUCCUUCCUAAGCCAACUAAACAAAAAAUAACAUUAAAGGAGGAUGACGAUGAAAUAUUGCUUAAAAAAGAGAUAUGUGAAGUUAAACCUAAAUCAAGAAUUACUGUACCAUCCCUAGGUGAUUUUAAAGAUAUAGAAGAUACAGUUCCAAGUGCAAAAAGAAAAGUUAGCCAAGAGAAAAAAUCAGGACUUUUAAGUAUACUUCCACAGCCCAAAAACAGCGCUAAAGUAUCAACAAAAAUGCUAAUACCACAAUCUGUAUCUAACAAGCCAUCUUCAACUGUAAAGAAGAAAGACUCUGUUCCAAGUAUUUUAAAAAAAGCAGUUAAAACUGACAAUUCAGAUGAAAGUGAUAAUGAUGAUCUACAGAAUGAUUUCUUCUCGAUCAAUAAACCUAUAGAAGUGAUCCCAGAAAAUAUACCUUGUGUUAUUGAUGUUAAGGUUGAACAAUCUCAAAAGGAACCUCGGUCACUACAAUCUUAUUUCAAAAAAGAAGAUCAUAUUACUUUGACACCUGAUUAUCAAGAACAGUCUGAAUAUAGCAAAAAUCAAUCAGAUUUUAGCCCAGUUGAUACUACCAGUAGUGCAGAUGUUUUGGAUGAAGAAGCUAUCUUAAAGCUAUGUGGUGCUAGAGGCAAACGCAAAAGGGAAGAAAUCCAGAUUGUUGAUGUAAAUCAACAGGAAGUGCUUAAAGAUGCCAGAGAAAUGUUACUCAAGGGUCUUAUGGAUGACACUACCAAGAGACAGUCCCACAGCAAGAAAAAGGGCAAUGAACCAACAAGUCAACAGAAAAGAAAACAUCAAAUUACCUACUUAGCACAUCAAGCAAAAGCAAAUGAAGCAGAAUUACAGAAUCAAUGGGCAAACAAUAGGAUGACAAAGAGACAAACUCAAUCUAAAUAUGGAUUUUAAGAGAAUGGUAAUUAAAUUUAAAAAAAAACACUUUAUAUAAAUAAAGUUAAUAAAUAAUAUCAUUUCAUUUUGUAUU